AGAUAGAUAGAUAGAUAGAUAAUCUAAUAUUGGCGCUGAAAGACUGUAUGAUGCUGUGAUUAUGAGUUGUCUUUAAUGGCAAGAAAUAUGCUUACGCGUCUGUGUGUGUUAUUGUGUUUGUGUAUUGCAAUGUGUCUGAGCUGCAUCGUGGUACAGUAUGUGCUGCCCAGUGGCAAGUGGUGGAAAAAAAAAUCUUGGUGGGGCUGAUGUGCCAAUAGAUUUUCCUUACUUGUCCAAAAUAAGGAUUGAAAAGAAAAAUGAAUAAGCAAGCUGGUGUGUAUCAAAGGUGUGAGGAAUGAACGCCAAGAUGUGACUCUUAACCAGUCUUUCAAAACAUUUCAUCACCAAUGGGGUCACUAGUCAGUAGUCGUUCAGGCAGGUGAUGGUGAUUGUUUUUAGGAAUGGGAACGAUGGUGGAGGAUUCCAUUCAGGAUGGGACUCUGACCUGAGACAGGGACGGAUGUAAGAUCUUAGUAAAACAGAAAUAAACAAAAUCCCAAAACCCCAGAGUCCUGAAAGUCUGAUUUCUCUCCAGAGCAGAAGAGGACAGAGGCUGAUCUUUAAACCUUUGCUGACGAAGAUAAGAUUAGGGGGAAAGAUCAGCUUCACAUUUUUUUUUCCAAUGUCUUUGGGUUGUGUGGUGAGAGUUUUUUCCACACCAUUAAGUCCACCAGAUACCAAAAACCCACCAGAAAUCAAAACUUCACGAGGGAACAAUGGAAGACAUGGACACCAGAUUUUGUCAUCAGAACAUGUGCCAAAAUGGCCAACACUGUAACCUGGGAAACCAAGAGAAAUGCAUUAGAUGCUAUGAAACCUCAACUGCAGAAAGUAAUGGUGGAAGACUUAGGUUUCCUGAUCAGUGCAGACCACAGAAGGUAGACAUGGACCUCCAAACUCCUCAACCACAGAUGACUUAUCCUGUCACCAAGUCAGCAGGGAGAUCUUAUUGUAGGCAAGGAGAGACUAAAGCCCAGAUGAAAGAUAAGUGGGAGAGGCAAAUAUUGUGGAAACAGGGAGAUGCAGAGAGAUCCCCCUAUACACAGCAGACAAAUAGUGGUCGGGGGCUAAUGCCAGUAAAUGAGGAACAAUCAGUGUUAAAAGAUCAGGUGAGGACCCACGUCCCCCAAGAAAAAUAUAGAAAGAAAGGAAACAGAGAAAGUGCUAUGACUGAACAGCAACAUCCUUAUCCACCUAAUGACACCCCCUCUCAAUUUCUGCCUCUGACAUGCAACCUCAUGCAAGACAGUCAAGAUCCUGAAAGACCAAAUGAAACAGAUGAGAUGCUGAAUGCUGACUACACCAGCAAUGUCUAUUCCAAACCAAUUAACUACUCUGCAGGCCAAGCUAUUUGUGCAGCUUGUGAAAACUCAGAAAAUGUAUAUACUGAUUUGUAUGAGAUCUAUUCAUUCUCUGACCAAGUUUAUGAAGAAAUCUGUGAUGUUCCAGCUUCACUUUUUACAUCUUUUUCAAAUGAAAAUCAGUCUCUAAAUCAGAGAAAAAUCAGCAUUCAGCAAUUGCAAAGUAAAGAUAGGUAUCACUAUUUGAAGAAGGCUGUUGGCUCAAGAUUGCGUCACUAUACCCAGCGCUCAGAUGGUGAGUCAGACAGCCCAGAAAAGGAUGCAGAGUUUGCCCAGUACCGAAGCACUGAUAGCUGUGAACUGGAUGAGGACAAUGAACAAUCUGUAACUGAGGUCAACCCUCCAAAUCUUGGAAGCAAAGCAAAAGCUAAAAAACUGUCCCUAAAGGAUCAUUCUGAACAUACAACUCAAAUCAGUUCAAACAAAAACUGCGAAGCCGCAACCCAGGAGGACUCAGUCACACACCAGGUUCUGAAUUGUUCUGUGACUGAGACUUUAUCAAUAAAGAAUAGCCAGGAGAAGGCAGAUGCUAUCUCUUUGGUCAUUAAGGACAUUAGGGAGGCUAUUGAAGAGGUGAAGACGAGAACUAUAAGAUCCCCUUAUACACCAGACGAACCAAAGGAACCAGUUUGGGUGAUGAGACAGGAUUUGAGUUCAAAUACAGAGUAUGAUUUCCAGCCAUGUCCUGGGGAUGAUGUUUCAUAGACACAGUGUGAGGAAGUGGAAAAUGUCUUUAAGGAGAGACGGAUUCACUGCACGGAUGAAUCUCAGCUGCUGAAACAAUCUUAAGCUACAUCUCCUCGGCUGGAAAACACAAAUAAAAUCUAUAUAGACAUUAUUUAUAUACGCACGUGCAUAUAAAUAUGUGUAGUUUAAUACGUUAUUCAGUAUUAAAUUUUUAUUUAAUCAUCCUUGUUUCUCAAUGAUUGUAUUUUGUGUUUCGUUUAUAUAAAUAAGUAUUGAUAUUACUAAAUAAAAUACUAAAAAAUUACGACUGGUUGUGUACUUGUAAGAUGCUCAUCAUGCAUCACUAUCAAAAUAUUCUAUUCCAAAUCUAUUCUAUUUUCCCCAUUAAGAAUAUUUAAAUAUCCCGAACCAUGUAUCAAUUCAAUUAAAAAAAUACUUAAAAAAUAACUUUCUUGUAAAUGUAGCUAUGACAGCUGUUUGAAUAACGUUUACAGCAAAAAAUUGUGAAAAUCUGUUUAGUAUUUAGCGAGUUAUAAUUGAUUAAAUAUGCUGACACGUCAUUGCGCCUGUCAAACAUAAAAGGCUGAAUGGAGCAGCCGACUGCUCCAAGAUGGCCGCCCUAAAUCUCGUCAGCGACAGUAGGCAAGAGCAAUCCAGGAGGCGUCUAUUUUUUAUGUGUCUAUGGGGGGAACUGUAUAUGAUGGGGAAACAUGAAUCACCUGUAACAUCUGUUCUGCUCUCGGCAGCAAAGAUCCUAAAAGGAACAGGAGAUUUCACACGUAUAGACAGACACAGCAGAUCCCAGCACUAAAUGUGCAGAAAUUCAACAAGAAAUCUGCUCUUCAUUUGGUUAUUCUUGAACAUAACAGGCCUAUCUUUUAAUUCACUUUAAUUUGAAAAAAGUCAUGCAAAGGUAGUUUGCAAACAAGUAAUGACCUUCAUAGAAAAUGUAAUUUUUUUAGAAGUAUUUUAAUCCACAGACGCUGGCCAUGAAAUUACAUUAUUAUGAAAAAGUUUAUUUCAAUCAGUAAUUCCAUUGAAAAAGUGAAACUUGUAUAUUAUAUUCAUUCAUUACACACAGAAAAAGUAUUCAUAGCUCUGGAAAAUGUAAUAACUCUCCAUGGAGCCUCUUUGAUGGGAAGCGCUGGGACUCUGUUUUGUCUGUUCCCCAUCAGUAUAGUUCUUUCCUUUCACUGCCUCUGCUGUGUUAUUCAGUUUUAUCAGCUGCUGUUUAAAAAAGAAGCAAUAACAAAAUUGUAAAAUAAAUCAAUACAGUAGAUUUCAGCCUGAAUUUGUCAUUUCUUCUGGGUCCCAUCUAAUAUUAAUUCGGGUCACUUUUGUUGUAAACCUUCUUGCAGAAGAGUGUACAGAAAAUCGCCGUGUUAGUUGAAAUACUGCUAGUGGUAAAACAUUCUUUUCUCAGCUGGAUGAAUCUCACCCAAGGCUUAAAUACGUUUUUUCUGUUGUUUCUGCACAUAAACCAGUUUUAAUCCCAUCAGAGCAAACAAAACCUUCUUGAGCUCCUUGAGUUCUGCUCCUUUUCAGACACAGCAGUUGAGCUCAGUUUUCCUCCAGUUACGUCACUCAAAUGCACAAUUUAUCGAGGAGAGCUUUUCUGUUGAUUCGACACUUUAAAACAUUCACUAGCUAAUUAAAGACCAAAUACAGCAACCUGGUUUACAAUUUGACCUGAGAAAAUAAAAUAUUUUCCUACUAUUCAAAAGGACCUUUAAUAUGCACUUAUAUAUUUUCAUUAAAGUAACCAUCACUAUCUGGGCUUUUGUUAUUCUUUAUGGUUCUUUAGCAUAAUUUAGUUGUUUUAGAGAGAUAGGAGUAGUGAGAUGUAUUCUUUUGUCCUUUUCCAAUUGAAGCUAAAUCCAAAUGUGGUCAAUAGUUAUUAAGACUAUUGUUUUCAACGUGUUCUGAAUAUAGUCAGUAGUGUUUUCAGAUAGUCACUGAGGUAUAUGUGUUAUUGUUUUAUUUGUAGGAAUACGAUGUCUUCUCUUAUUUGUGGUAUAAAUUCCUUUUUGUUUUUAGUUUAUUUGUUUUUUAAGCUUUCAGUAGUUCAUAUUAUUAUUAUAAUAAUAAUAUGAGAGCUCUGCUUUUUUUCUUCACUGUAACUUCAACCUUGUCACACAUUGUGUUUAAAGCAUUUAUUCUGUGACAAACAGUGACAACGCCAUUAUUACUUAGUUACACCUGAUUUACAUUAACACCUGUUAGAAAACACCUGAAACUAGUAAAUAAACCUCCUGUGCUGCUUAUUAGACAGAGACAGCAGGAAUAGGAAAUCCUAUAAAUUAGCUCAGAGCUUUAGAAAGUCUUGAAAAAGCACACAAAAUCAAACCACCUAAUGCAUUUUUAUCCAUAGUGGCUAUGAAAGUUGGAAUUUAAAAAAAGACUUUUAUCUUUGUGAAAUAAUAAAUAUUUAACAAAGAUCUCUGUUUUGUAGUAUGUGGGUUAAUAUUAGCCACAUAUUAGUGAUGAGUUAUUUUAGCUGAAUAAAUGUACUAUUGCCAGGAUGAAUCAGAAUGUAUGGUGCUGGAAAUAUUUUAUAACCUUUUUAAUUUUGCAUCAAAAUUAAAAAAUAAUUACAAUUGUGGUAUUGCAUUUAAACAAUGGUGAUUCCGUUUUAUUAUAUUGAGCUCUAGUCUCAAUAUCAGUUUGCUUUCUUACAUUUGUUUACUCCAGCAAAGUCUUUUUACCUCCCUUUCUUCUAUCUCUAUCCACCUAAUAAUUUAUUCAUCAUGGAACAAAAAAGAAAAGCGUAUUGGAUAACUCAAACUAAAUAUUUAAUUUGGGAUCUAGUACCAGCAUGGAAUGACCUGUUAACCUUUUUCCUUUUUCUAACACUAUAAUUACAAGUUUCUUGUAUUCUUUAUUGUUUGAAUGCUGGUUUACUUACAUGUUGUGGUUACUUGCUUUAUACAUUUUUUGGGGAAUUAAGGUUUAUGUUUAAAAUUUUGCAAAGGAAAAAAACAGGAUGACGUUCCGGUCUGACAUGAUCUCCCAUGACCAACCUGAAUGUGUCACCUGAGCUUACUUUUUGUGACUUUGCUGAUGCAUUUCUCCUACUCAGCCCUUCAUGUGCACGCUCUUCUGUGACUCUUUAAGAUUAAACUACCUUCAGGUAAUAACCAAAAACU